CCCUCUGCUACCUCCACUGUUGCUGCUUCAGUGCUUCAGACCAUCUCAGCUUGGCUCUGUCUCGUCGGGACUGACUCGCACUUGCUGCUGAGGAACGGGACUUAGGGCUUUGCUGUCGGCCUUCAAAGCGAGAAGAAGUCACUUUGGCUGUGGGCUCAAUCAAGUAAUCUCGGGCAAGUGAGUCUGGACUUAAAGCAGCAGGACUGUCCUGUGUUUGGAGGCUCUUUGCUGUCUUGCUGAAUCAGCUCAUGCUCAUGGCUGAAGACUGAAGCCAGCCUGUAUAUCAUUCAAGCAACUAGCCAGAGAUGACAGCCAACAGCAUGCCUAAGCAAGUGGAGGUGCGAAUGCACGAGAGCCACCUGGAGCCCAUCGAGGCUGCCCCACGCUCAAAAUGUGCCCUCAUCUGCCAGAAGAUGCGCAAGAACCUGCUCCUCACACUCACUGUUCUGGGUGUGAUAUUAGGAGCAGUGUCUGGUAUGCUCCUGCGUGUAGCAUCUCCUAUUGAUGACAACAUUGUCAUGGUUAUUGCAUUCCCUGGAGACAUUCUGAUGCGGAUGCUAAAGAUGCUCAUCCUUCCUCUCAUCAUCUCCAGUUUAAUCACAGGUCUUGCGGGUCUGGAUGCCAAGUCUAGUGGCCGUCUGGGUACAAGAGCAAUGGUUUACUACAUGACCACUACUAUAAUUGCUGCCAUUCUGGGAGUAAUACUGGUGUUGAUCAUUCACCCUGGCAACCCGAAACUAAAGGAAAACCUUGGCGAGGGACUCCAAAACGAUGACGUCUCCAGUCUUGAUGCCUUCUUUGAUCUCAUCAGGAAUCUCUUCCCUGAGAAUCUGGUGCAGGCUUGCUUCCAGCAGAUCCAGACUGUUGUGAAGAAGGUUGAGGUCCAGCCUGAUUUUGAUGACAGCAACAGCACCAUGGAUGAGUUCCUCUCUGGAGCCACUAAGCCUCCUCCCAUAUUCAAGCAAAAGAAAUCCCUGCAGUUCAAGAGUGGAAUGAAUGUGCUGGGUCUGAUUGGAUUCUUUAUUGCCUUCGGUAUCUGCAUGGGGAAGAUGGGAGAGAAGGCAAGGCUCAUGAUUGAGUUCUUCAACAUCCUGAACGAGAUUGUGAUGAAGCUCGUCAUUAUGAUUAUGUGGUAUUCUCCCUUCGGUAUUGCCUGCCUCAUCUGUGGCAAGAUUAUCUCCAUCAAAGAUCUGGAGGUGGUGGCCAGACAGCUGGGGAUGUACAUGAUCACAGUCAUUGUCGGACUCAUCAUUCACGGGGCUAUAUUCCUACCUUGCAUAUAUUUUGCCAUUGUGAGGAAAAAUCCCUUCACCUUCUUCAUGGGGAUCUUCCAAGCCUGGAUUACUGCCCUGGGAACAGCUUCAAGUGCUGGAACUCUGCCUGUCACCUUCCGUUGUCUGGAGGAGAACCUGGGCAUUGACAAAAGAGUAACUCGCUUUGUACUCCCUGUCGGUGCAACAAUCAACAUGGAUGGAACUGCUCUUUAUGAAGCUGUAGCUGCCAUCUUCAUUGCCCAGAUGAACGGAGUUGUGCUGGACCCUGGCCAGAUUGUUACAGUCAGUCUUACAGCCACACUGGCCAGUGUUGGAGCAGCCAGUAUCCCCAGUGCAGGACUGGUAACCAUGUUGCUCAUUCUGACGGCAGUGGGACUGCCCACUCAGGACAUCAGUCUGCUGGUAGCUGUUGACUGGCUUCUGGAUCGUUUCCGUACCUCAGUCAAUGUGGUGGGCGAUUCAUACGGUGCUGGAAUCGUUUAUCACCUGUCGAAGGCAGAGCUGGAAGCCCUGGAUGCCCAGCACGGGAAAUCCGAUGACAUUGAGAUGAUGACCAAGACGCAGUCCUAUUACGAUGACCUCAAGAACCACCAUGAAAACAACUCCAACCAGUGCGUCUAUGCCGCUCACAAUUCAGUCUUGGUAGAUGAAUGCAAGGUAACCUCGGCGGCCACGAAUGGCUCAACUGCGGAGUACACACUUGUUGAAGAGGAACCACGGAAAAGUGAUUAAUGUGACCACACAGACACCCUGUGUUCAAGCCCCCAAGCUUUCUUAUUUUGCGGAAGAAAAAGAGAGGGAGAGAAAGAAAAAAAAACACUAAAAUCAUGCACACAGAACAAAUGAUGGGUUUUGUAGUUUAGUCUUCUAUUAUUCCCAUUACAGUUUGUUUAACAACCUGUUUGACUGUCUGAAAUAACUUGUACUAAUGCUAAAAAAGGGUUAGAAUCACACUGUCUGAUAGAGCACUAACAUGUGCCUAUGAGCUAACACUUGCGCAGCGGAUUGCAAGGCUUUGGAGGGUAAAAGGAGAGAUGAUAUACAAUGCAACUUAAAUUAUUCUGAUGGUAAUAUAUACUAUAUGCAUGCUGUUUAUUUCAAAACUAUGGUAUGUAGUUUUGGAGUUUUGGGGGGUUGGGGGGGACGAUGAAUGCGUUUAAUGGCGUAGGAGCAGAGCUUUGAGAAGGUAGGGAGAGAAGACAAAUAACCCAGCAGUUAGUUCAGUGUGAACUGAAUGCUAAAUGCUAAGUCUGUGCAGAAGCCAAUACCCUUACGGUUCAUAUUCUCCUCUUUAUAGCAAUAGUCUAGCAAUUUACUGUACGGUUUACUCUCCAUGACCUCUGACCUACCUGACACAGCCUGCUAACAACACAUGUCCUCUCAGAGAGCAUCUACAGUCCCCAGUGACCUGCUGGGGGAUCUGGCUACACACGUAGGGCAGUAAUAUAGGCAACUGCACAUGAUCAAAGGUCGUAAAAGCACAAGCCAUGUUAAAAGACUGAAGACCUCCCCCCUCCCUUCUGAAUCGGAAAUCGUUCAACCACUUUUUCCCUUUUCUCUAAGGGGCCUAGUGGGCUUCUUUGAUUUUUAUUGAUAAAUAAGAGAACUAAUGGGCAGGGUUUAGGAUUGUUUUAGUGUAGCGUAGGUGAGACUAAGGCAUAAAUGCACAUCAGAGUACGGACCAAACAAGCAGCAGCAGCUCAGCCUACAGCUUCAUUGACAUUCACUGAAAUUAGCCUGUUGGUUGAUUAGCCGACUCUAUUUUGAGCCAAUUCAAAGCACAAGAGCAGAGCCUAAUGAAGGACCACUCAAUACUGACAAUUAGAGCAUAAUUCUGAAAAACGAUGGUGAUUAUCUCAGUAUUUUUUAAAGGCGAUGAUCAUAUUUUAAUCAAUUUGCUUAGUUUGAAGGUUAAUUAUUCACAUUUUAAGUUAUGGAUUUGGCUUCCUUGGUGAAAACACUGCAACUAUUCUGGCAUGAGGAUACAUCUCCAAUUUCAUGUGCCCAAAAUUCACUACUCUAAAUACUCACAUGAGAAAUUCUCAAUCAGAAUCAGCACAUUUUUCUCUAAUCUGUGGACUGUAGAAUGUUAGAUACUCAGGCAAAUAAAUAAAAAUGCACUCAUUAUCGUCAGGGAAGACAUUCCUAAUGCAGGCGGUUUGAAGUAUUUUAUAUAUGAAGCCCUCAGAACAUGCUGGAGAGUAAUUGUUUACCUGUUUACAAAUUCACAGUGGGUUUACAGAUUGCCAAAUGCCUAUUGCCUUUCUAUGUAUAAAAGCUUGCACUGUUUUAUAUUGGCUUUCUCGCACUGUUUAUCAUUUAUCCACAUAAAAAAAUAAAACUUUUUUUUUUCCUGUUACCUAAGAAAGCAAGCGUAUCUUCCCAAAACAUUUGAAUCAUUUGAAAAAGAAAAAGCACACAUGUUAAGGGACAAGGUUAAGGCUUUUAAUACAUUCCAGUUCAGAUUACCUUGGCUUGUAUCCUUUUUCAAAAGCACACAUCCAAAACAAUACAGAACAAUCAUAAAAAGUAAUAUAACGUAUCUGUUUAUGAGGACAGAAAGGAGGAAAGUGAACCCAGAAGAGAACAGACAGGAGUGCAAAAGUGAGUUGCUCUAGUGAUUAAAAAAAAAAAAAGAAAUGUCCCAGAGCCCAGUGUGUAUUAGCGUAUUAGUGCCACCUGCUGCUCACCAUAUCUACACUACUAGCACAUGACUGUUCUGGCAGCCCAAAUAUGCUGCAAUACUUAUACCUAUAUUGACCUAUAUUGUCAAAGACUGACCAAUGGCAGGAUAUACCUCUACGAGUUAUAGUCACCAUCACCAGGAAUCACAGGAGCUGGCAUGGAACCUAUUGCUCAAUUAGUGGACAAAAGUUACGGCAAUGAAAACACACACAAAACAUACACACAAAUAAUACAUAAGCACAUUCCAUAGCCAUGUGUAUUCCUGUUUAAGAUGCAAGAAUGGAUGAAUAGACAGAUGAAUAGAUGGAUGGAUCUUAUGAAUUUUCUUGUUGACCUCCUUUAAACACUGCCUUGCCUCUAAAGCAUUAACCAGUAGACAUACAUAAAUACAUACAUCUGAUUGUGAGUGUGUCCAUUCUCAAAAGCUCAUUAAUGUGUUCUUAGAAAGCGUAUCACUCACAUUCAUAGCACAAAGUUCAUAGUUUAUUGCUUUUUAUGUAUAAUUUUUAUUUUAUUUUAAUUUUUAAAUCCCCAAAAUGUAUGGCAUUUUAUUUUACGACAAUUUAUUUUUUAUGAAAUAUAAAGCCGCUUUGUGAAGACCACCAGCAUAAACGCACAGUUCAUUUAUGUAUUGAUAUUUCACUGUAUUGCUUGGGAAUCAUCACUGCACCCCAGCACUGUAUUUUUAUUUUCUUUUUUUUUUCUUUAAAAUGGAUAUUUCCACAUUCCCCAAACAUUAAAAUUUUAUAAGUAUCUAAUGUGACCAGCUAUGAAUGGAGAUGGAUAUUAAUCCAGAAGCAGACACCCUGUUUGCAAAUGGACUGACAAGCCAGAUUUGAGCUCACUGUUACAGAACCAUGGAUGUUUCAUUGUUUUUCACCAGUUUUUCUUAAACAGCAUGAAUUGAAAAAGUGCCUCCCUGCACUUUGUGUACAUAUUGUAGGUAACAGAUUUUUCUUGUUUUCUUUUAUUUUUCAGUGGGGAAACAUGUAGUGUUUAAUUGCGUGACCAUUUCUCUUUUGUAAUCAUAUAGAAAUGUAUCUUCUAUGUAAUGCGUAAACAAAAGGAAGUAGCGUAGGUAAUGUAUAGAGACGAGUGUAAUAAAUUGCUUGGUUUUAAGCUUAAAUAGCUGCAUUUAGCUGUCUCACAUAAAUGUUUCAUAUCUGAUAUAUAUCCUUUUUGUAUCUAAUGCAAGUUUUUGAAUGUUUAUUCCCUACAGAAAAAAAAAAUCAUGUCAGUCAUGUGUGCAUUCGUUUUCAUUGUACAUAAAUAUAAAUAUAUAUAUGAUUUACUCUGUGAAAUUGCAAUGCGGAAUGUUCCAGAUGUUUCAUCGACUCUUACUUGGGGAAUUAAAACGGAAGGGUGGAAAGGGACAGAGGCAGGGAGCAGUUUUAAUGCUGUAGGAACGUGCUUUUGGUUGGGAGUGCCCCUGAUCUAUAUGUGGAUAUUGUUAUAAAAUUAAAUGUUCGUAUGAAAUUUGAUCUAAAUCUGCUUACAUGUGUAAAAUUGAUCAACAAAUUAAGUAUUAAGUAUUAAGUAUGGCCAUUUUGAGCAAGCUGACUGUGUCCCUGUCAUGUGCUCUACUACUUUCUCCUUUUCUGUGUGAUUUCUGCUGCAUUAGCUGCAACUCACAUAUCCAUUAGAGAGCUGCUCGUAAUACAUUCUGUACUAUAAGU